UGGUCCGUCCCUAGGAAUUACUAAGAUCCCCAGGAUGUUGUUCUGUAAGGCGUUGAUCUCUUGGGUGAGUCCUGGGGUUUUUCGUGUGUUGCUCUCUAAAUUGUUGAUCUUGUGGGUUAAUUCAUAUGAUCCUUAAGGUGUUGAUUUCUAAGGAGGUGAUAUUUUGAGUCAAUUUCCUAGGAUCUUGAGGAUCAUCUUUUGGGUGAAUUCCUGGGAUCUCAAAAUUGUUGUAUACUAAUGAGUUGAUCUAGGUUGUUCUGUAAGGGUAUCGAUCUCUUGGGUAAAUUCCCAGGGCCCAAAGGUGUUUGUUCUCUAAGAAGUUGAUCUUGUGGGUUAAUCCCUAUUUAAUUAAAGUAAAUAUAUUUAAUAAAAUAUCAAAUCCAUUUAUGGUUUUUAUUUUUUUUGUUCAUAUAUUUUUAUAAUUUUUAAGUCUUCUUUUUUACUUAGUUAACUAAUCCACCCGAUAAAAGAAAGAAAAAAAUUUUUUUUAAAGAAGAACAUUCCCCCCAAUUUGUUCCCCUCCCGUCACAUUUUCUUUUCUUUAUAUUUUUUGGGUUUCCUUUCAUUGGACACACAAAUAAAUUCUUUUUGGAAUAAAAGGGAAGGACACAAGCAAUCUCGUCAUUUGGUGGCUAGUUUUUGUUUCCUUAACAAACAAACAAGCAAAAUAAAAUAAAAAAAUAUUUUUCCUUCCCCAAGUUUUUUUUCAUCUUUGCUUUUUUUAAUUUCCGUAGAAAAAAAACAUUUUUUAUGCAGAUUGAAUUUAUUAAAUAAAAAAAUUUAUAUUAAGUAAAUAUUUACAUAAAAAAAGAAAAAAAGAGUGUCAGAUUAGAUUUAAAGAAAAGAAAGUCAAAAAAGCUUCUUUUCUCAAAAAUCUCGUCAUUCAUCUCCUUAACUUUAAGGAAUUUUUUUUCUUUUUUUGCCUUUUUUCUGCGCUCUUUAAUCCUUCAAAAAUGAUGAUGCUUGGAGGAGGGGAUAGAAGAAAUACUACGACAAGUUUUGCUUCCCCAACAAUUUCAAGCAGUCCAUCCAAAAGAAGAAGAAGAACAACAACAACUCAAAAUAAUUUAGAAAUUGCUGCAACUAACAACGAAUUUAAUUUGCCAAUUAAUACGGGUAUUGUAAGGACAAAUAAUACAAUAAAUGGUGGUUGGACACCAACAAAUGCUAUAAACUUGCCAGGCCCAUCAACUACUCGUUCCCCCAAUGUUAACCAAUUAAAAAGACAAAAUUCAACAUUUAAUAGAACAACAAACAUUCAAAAUUCCCAACAACAAGAAACAGAAAGAGAUAGACGUAAAUCACGUGCAAGUUCAUUAGCAGCAGCAAUGUCAACGAGAAAAUUAAGUUUAUUUAAUAGAUGGAAAAAUCAAGCAUUGGCUGACACGGCUUUAGAUGGAAUUAGUGAAGAAGAAAUGAUUGAAUAUAAAGAAGCUUUUCGAUUAUUUGAUAAGGACGGAAACGGAUCAAUUUCAUCAAAAGAAUUGGGUGUAGCAAUGCGCUCUUUAGGCCAAAAUCCAACAGAACAAGAAUUAUUAGAUAUGGUAAAUGAAGUUGAUAUUGAUGGAAGUGGAAAUAUAGAUUUUGCUGAAUUUUGUCAAAUGAUGAAAAGAAUGAAUAAAGAAAAUGAUAGUGAAAUGAUUCGAGAAGCCUUUAGAGUUUUUGAUAGAGACGGGAAUGGAUAUAUUACAGCAGAUGAAUUUAGAUAUUUUAUGACGACUAUGGGGGAACAAUUUAGUGAAAAUGAAGUUGAUGAAAUUAUUGAGGAAGUUGAUAUUGAUGGGGAUGGACAGAUAAAUUAUGAAGAAUUCGUUAGAAUGAUGACAUCUUAA